AUAAAUAGGCUUCCUCCCCCGGUUAUAUUCAGAUUUUGCUUUUAAUCCACCUUCCCAUAUUUUCUCUUUGGUUUUCUCUCGGUGAUUCAAAAGCUUCUUUGCUUCCCAUCUCUCAAGUUUCGGAAGUCCUCCGUUUUGUCGGACGUUCCUUCAUGGCUCAGGUGCGUGAAACAGGAGAUCAUAUCAGAUAUGAAGAGGAGCAUAUAUUGAAUUCUCUUGGAUUGAAGCUCUUCACAUGUAGAUGGCUUCCAGCAAAUCAAGAACCGAAAGCCUUGAUUUUCCUAUGCCACGGUUAUGCCAUGGAGUGCAGCAUCACCAUGAACAGUACCGCAACCCGGCUUGCGAACGCGGGAUUUGCAGUUUACGGUAUAGACUACCAAGGCCAUGGAAAAUCAGCAGGAUUGCAAGCCUUCGUCAACAACUUCGACGAUGUCGUUGAUGACUGCUCGAAUCAUUUUACAAGCAUAUGUGAAAAGAAAGAGAACAAAACAAAGAUGAGAUAUUUGUUUGGAGAGUCCAUGGGUGGGGCGAUCGCUCUGCUAUUACACAGGAAGAGGCCAGACUACUGGGAUGGUGCUGUAUUGGUUGCACCCAUGUGUAAGAUCGCAGAUGACCUGAGGCCCCCUGAAUUGGUGAUACGAAUUUUGACAAAGCUUUCCAGAGUAAUUCCAACAUGGAGAAUAACCCCAACCCAAGAUAUCAUUGAUGUCGCCUUUAAAGUACCCGAGACGAGACGACAGAUUAGAGCCAACCCAUAUUGCUAUAAAGGGCGGCUUCGCUUGAAAACUGCCUUUGAGCUAUUGAGUGUCAGCACGGAGCUUGAGAAGAGACUUCAAGAGGUAUCGUUACCGUUUAUAACUCUUCACGGUGAGGAUGACAGAGUGACAGACAAAUCAGUGAGUAAACUGCUUUAUGAUGUGGCCUCCAGCGCAGACAAGACCUUCAAGUUAUAUCCAGACAUGUGGCACGGUCUACUCUAUGGAGAGACACCAGAAAACUCAGACAUUGUUUUUCAAGACAUCAUCAAUUGGUUGGAGGAGAGAUCGAGCUUAGGAAAUUCAAGGUUGGAGGGGGAGCAUAAGCAUGAAAAUGACGACUUCGAUUUCUCAAAGGCUAAACAAAUGCCAAAAAAUCGCUAGGGCUGGAUGGUGAAUGAAUAUAGGCCAGAGAAGAAAAAUUUGUAGUGAAAAAGCAUUGGUGAUGUGAUUAUUAUGGUUUUAUAACUGAAGUCUUAGGGCACGUUUGGGUAUACCAUUUUUUUUUUGUAUUAUAUUUUACUGUUUUUUACUAUAUUCAAAAUUGUGAAUACUAAGGAAAUAUAUUUUUAAAAUUAUGUUUGGA